AUGGCCGUAUUUUUUUUGGAAACUGAUCCAGUGUUAAGAAAUGCAGAUCGGAUUGAGUAUCUUUCCAAGAGUGAUCAUAUUUACGAGAAGUGUGAUCGUGUUACUCAACCUGAAGACUCUAAAUUUCUAGCUAAGUGCGUACAAAAAAUUGGCUCUGAUUGUGGAGAACAAAUAGUUGCCAAGUUAUUUACUGAUGUAGGGAGCGUAAAUAGACAAUGCUGUGAAAAUCUUAUGAAAAUGGGUGAAAAAUGUCAUAUGAAUAUGGCGAAAGCUUUGAUUCGUACACCGGCAAUGAGGAGUAUUGAUGCACCUGAUUUUCUACGGAAGAACAAGAAAUUAUUUGAUGAUUGCAAAGAUAUGGAAUAA